AUUGCAAAGACGUACCAACUUCAACUGUAAUCUCUUCUAAAAUCAACCGUUCUCUUCAUUCUUCACUUGACAAGGCCACUGCAUUCUUCAUUCUUUCUUGAUAUAUAGCCAUUUUUUUCAUUCUUUCUUCAUUCAUUGUCUGGAGAAGUUGGUUGAGUUUUCUUGAAAAUUCAAGCAAAACAAUGGAGUUCAGUUUGAAAAACGAACAACAACAACUCUUGUCGAAGAUGGCAACCAACGAUGGACAUGGCGAAAACUCGCCUUAUUUUGAUGGUUGGAAGGCAUAUGAUAGUGAUCCUUACCAUCCCACCAGAAAUCCUAAUGGUGUUAUACAGAUGGGACUCGCAGAAAAUCAGUUAUGCUUUGAUUUGAUCGAGGAAUGGGUUCUGAACAAUCCAGAGGCUUCCAUUUGCACAGCAGAAGGAGCGAACAAAUUCAUGGAAGUUGCUAUCUAUCAAGAUUAUCAUGGCUUGCCAGAGUUCAGAAAUGCUGUAGCAAGGUUCAUGGAGAAGGUGAGAGGUGACAGAGUCAAGUUCGAUCCCAACCGCAUUGUGAUGAGUGGUGGGGCAACCGGAGCUCAUGAAACUCUGGCCUUCUGUUUAGCUGACCCUGAAGAUGCGUUUUUGGUACCCACACCAUAUUAUCCAGGAUUUGAUCGGGAUUUGAGGUGGCGAACAGGGAUGCAACUUCUUCCAAUUGUUUGUCACAGCUCCAAUGAUUUUAAGGUCACUAAAGAAUCCAUGGAAGCUGCUUAUCAGAAAGCUCAAGAAGCCAACAUCAGAGUAAAGGGGUUCCUCUUAAAUAAUCCAUCAAAUCCAUUGGGAACUGUUCUUGACAGGGAAACUUUGAUUGAUAUAGUCACAUUCAUCAAUGACAAAAAUAUCCACUUGAUUUGUGAUGAGAUAUAUUCUGCCACCGUCUUCAGCCAGCCCGAAUUCAUCAGCAUCUCUGAAAUAAUUGAGCAUGAUGUUCAAUGCAACCGUGAUCUCAUACAUCUUGUGUAUAGCCUGUCCAAGGACUUGGGCUUCCCUGGAUUCAGAGUUGGCAUUUUGUAUUCAUAUAAUGACGCUGUUGUCAGCUGUGCUAGAAAAAUGUCGAGUUUCGGCCUUGUUUCAACACAAACUCAGCAUCUGAUUGCAUCAAUGUUAUCGGACGAAGCAUUUAUGGACAAAAUCAUUUCCACGAGCUCAGAGAGAUUAGCUGCAAGGCAUGGUCUUUUCACAAGAGGACUUGCUCAAGUAGGCAUUGGCACCUUAAAAAGCAGUGCGGGCCUUUAUUUCUGGAUGGACUUAAGGAGACUCCUCAGGGAGUCCACAUUUGAGGCAGAAAUGGAACUUUGGAGGAUCAUAAUACAUGAAGUCAAGCUCAAUGUUUCACCAGGCUUAUCUUUCCAUUGCUCAGAACCAGGAUGGUUCAGAGUUUGCUUUGCCAACAUGGACGACGAAAGUGUGAGGGUUGCUCUCAGAAGGAUCCACAAAUUUGUGCUUGUUCAGGGCAAGGCAACAGAGCCAACAACUCCAAAGAGUCGCUGCGGAAGCAGCAAACUUCAACUCAGCUUAUCUUUCCGCAGAUUGGACGAAAGGGUGAUGGGAUCGCAUAUGAUGUCCCCUCACUCCCCGAUGGCUUCACCUUUGGUUCGGGCUACAUAAAUCAUUUCUUGAUCAGAUCAUAUAGCAAAGAUUCCUGAGUGAAUACUCGAAACCCUUUCUGGAUAACUGAAAAGAGAGUUGUUGAUUCUUUGCUGUAUCAUACAAACACGUAACAGGCAUUUUUUGGCCAUCUGAUGCGUGCAAAUUGCAUCAAAUGCUUUUAUUAUUGUCAUAUUCAUUUGUGUACCUUGGUUUUCCUUGCCCUUCAGUCCUCAUUGUUUUUUGUUUCUUUGUUAUUAUUUUCUUCCAGUUGAUCAGUUAAACGAAGGAAGCUCAAUUGUUUCAAGCUAUUAGUAACAGAUCAUUUUUGUAAUAGCAAUAGUUUCAGGAUUCUGAAAUGAAAGUUUAUCAUUUUUCCA